CCCCAUAGUUGUGCUUUAAAUAAUAGCUCAGGAAAAACAUAAUUGUGUGGUAUUACUUGGAUUAAGGAACAGCCUGUCCUCGUCUGCCCUCAAAUAAUUCCCACACACUCAUCAAAUCUCCAGGGCACGGAUUCCUCUAAUUCCAGCAGCAUUACCAUAAUAGGAUCUAGUUUUAUGAGCAGGUGUGACAAUCGCUUGUAUUUUACAUAGCAUUUUUCUCAGUUAUUGUAAACAUGCCGACAGUUUUGGAUCCGCAUUCAGGUCCAAAUACGGCAGAUGAGGGAUUCAUCUCUGCUGUAGAGCCAUGAAACCUCCCUGUUCCUCCUCUAGCUAAACCUGAACUCUGCAUUUUAUCUUCUCCACAGGGACACAGACCCGUUUUCAAUCAUAACUCUGACCUCAGACACCGGCGUGUGUGUGUGUGUGUGUGUUUUUCUCCCCUCUGCGUGGGGCGUACACUCCACUCCAUUCCACCACCCAUGCUGGCUAAUCCCUGGAUCAUUUGAGUAGGACCAUGAUUUGUGGGACGGUGUUGCCAGGGGGAAGGUGGUAGCGGUGGUGGCGCUCGGAUCCUGUUGGAAAUGACAGCUGAGGAAGGCGGAUUGGAGCUCGGGGACCAGAAAAGCAGCAGAGGCAGGAGAUAGCGAAGAAAGUGCCGCACUUCGCCGUUUUCAAAGGGGUUGCUGAGAUGGAGUCGCUGAUGAACGCGGUGACGCCGCGCUCGCCGGCCCCCGUUAAGAAGCUGUCCGAGGUGGACUUCCGCUCAGGGGCCACGCUGGAGCAGCUGUCGGCCCAGGUGUCGGAGCUGGUGCUGCUGGAGCAGGGGGAGUUUGGAGACCAGACUGCCUUAGAGGUCCACACUGCCAAGGAUUUCAUCUUCAACAUGCUCGGUUUAGUCCAGAAGGUGGACCAGCGCCUCCCGGUGGCCAACGAGUACCUGCUGCUGUCCGGCGGCGCCCGGGAAGGCGUCCUGGACCUGAACCCGGAGGACCUGGGCGAGUACGCCAAGGGGGCCGACUUCGACCUGGACUUCACCCUGCUGGUUCCCGCCCUGAAGCUGCACGACCGCAACCAGCCGGUGACCUUGGACAUGAGGCGCUCGCCGCCGUGCCACUCCUGGCUCAGCCUGCGCCUCUGCGACUCCAACGUCCUGUCGCGCUGGAGCGUCUGCUGCCAGGAGGACAGCGGGCUCCCCACCGAGGAAGACGAGGAGGAGGAGGAGAUGGGUAAAGGCUCCAUCCCGUCGCUGGGCUCCCCUCAGUCCCUGGACGGCUGCUACUUCUCGCCCAGCCUGGUGGUGGACUGGUUCUGGGGGGUGGUGAGCGAGGCUGUGGAGGAGCUGAGGCGCAGCCCGCAGAGAGGCAUCCCGACCCCGGACCGGCUGGAGCGGAACGGACCCCUGACCACCAUCAUCCUCCAGGCGGGCUCCAGCCGGGUUCUGUACGACCUGCUGCCGGUGGUGUCGUUCCGGGGCUGGCCCGCCGUGGCCCAGGGCUGGCUGACGGCCAACCACUUCUGGGACGGUAAAAUCACGGAGGAAGAAGCCAUCUCCGGGUUCUACCUGCUGCCCUGCUGCUCCCCGCUGGGCGGCCGGCCCGACCGCGAGUGGAGGCUGGCCUUCUCCCGCAGCGAGGUCCAGCUCAAGAAGUGCAUCCCGUACCCGAUGGCGCAGGCCUUCCAGGCGGCCAAGGCGGUUCUGUCCCGCAUCCUGGCCCGGCCUCGAUCCGGCCUCAGCCUCUACCACCUGCGCACGCUGCUGUUCUGGGCCUGCGACCGACUCCCAUCCGCAUACCUGUCCUGCCCCGAGCCCGACGCCCCCGGCCGCCUCCUCCUGGGUCUGCUGGACGACCUGGCGCACUGCAUCCUGGGUAAGAACUGCCCCAACUACUUCCUGCCGCAGUGCAACAUGCUGGAGCACCUGAGCGACGGCCAGGCGCUGCUGGUGGCCAGGAAGCUGGCCCACGUGCGUUCGGACCCCAGCGAACACCUGCGGGCCGCCCUGGACCAGGCGCGGCAGGCGGGCCAGCUGAAGAAGGAGCUGGCGGGCGGCGCCGCCAACGGACACGGUUCGCCAGGACUCCACCCGGCCAACGGCAUCAUCUCGCCGUCGGAGGACAAGCUGGCGCAGCGGCUGCAGCAGCUGGUGACGGAGAACCCCGGGAAGUCCAUCUCGGUCUUCCUGAACCCCGACGACGUGUCUCGGCCGCACUUCCGCAUCGACGACAAGUUCUACUGAGAGUCUGGAACUGGACCCUGCUGCUCCGUUAAGGCAGUAUGUCACUUUUAUAAAAAUAUUUGUUAAAAUCGUCAUCAUGUUGUGACAAUUUUUUGAGACAGAUAAUCAAGAUUGUUUCAGUGCAAACAAGAAACAACCAAUCAGAGCCAGGAGGCUGGUCUUAAUGCUGUCAAUCAGGCUAGUGUGCACUUUGCUACAAUACAGCUUGUCAGCAGAGCCCAUCGUGAAUGCUAAAGCUAGUUAGCGUAGCCACCGACGGCUUGGCUUGCGACAACAAUAAAUUUACUUUGUGAUAACGUCUGGGGCGAUAAAUUGUCCCAGACAUUAUCGUGAUAAAUAAUUUUGUUUUGAGAACAUUUUCAAGUAACAGAAAUAAUAAACGCAAGAACACAUUCUCACAGAUCA